GGAAGGUGAUUCAGUGAAGCACGGGUCCGUCGAGAACACAAACCUGAAAACUCCGGCGGCGAAGGAAAAAGUCCUUCGAGUUCCAACACUAUUCUCUUCAUAGUUCCGACUUCUCUCUGUUCCGUUCCGUUCACCGUUCAGCAAAGAUGCUUCACAACAAGUCUUUCGUUAAGAAAACCAAAGCUGGCAAGGUCAUGAAGCAAGUGAGGGAGCACUACCUCCGCGACGAUAUCUACUGCGGCGCCCCCUUCUGCACCGCCUGCGACACCUCCGCCGCUCGCUUGGGUCCCUCCGCCUCCACUAUCCUCGUCGUCGACACCAAUGUCGUCCUCAACCAGAUUGAUUUGCUGGAGAAUCCAGCUAUCGACAAUGUGGUGGUGCUGUCAGUUGUGCUGGAAGAGGUUAAGAACAAGAAUAUGUCUGUUUACAAUCGAGUUAGAGCUAUCUGUAGCAAUUCAAUGAGGAAGUUCUUUGUUUUCUCCAAUGAAUACCACAGGGAUACAUAUAUUAAGGAAAUGAGUGGAGAAACCAAGAAUGAUAGGAAUGAUAGAGCUAUCCGAGUGGCUGCUCAGUGGUAUCAGAAACAUCUUGGUGGUGCGGUAAAGGUUUUGCUUAUAACCAAUGAUAAAGAGAACAAAAGGAAGGCUACUGAAGAGGGCAUUCAUGCAGAAACAGUUGAAUCGUAUGUCAAGUCUUUGGAUCGACCAGAUUUACUUGACCUGCUUGUACGGCCUUCAUCAGAAGAUGUAAACAUGGAAGAGGUUGAAGAUCUCAGACCAUCGAAGAGGAAAAUCAUCUAUACAGAGCAUAAGCCAAUGUCAGAAAUUACUUCUGGAUUGCAUCGAGGAAUAUAUCAUCAAGGGAAACUUCGUGUGAACCGUUACAACCCAUUUGAAGCAUAUGUUGGAAGUGAGAGCAUUGGUGAUGAAAUAAUUAUUUAUGGGCGCUCAAACAUGAACCGAGCUUUUGAUGGUGAUAUUGUGGCAGUUGAACUCCUGCCUCAGGACCAAUGGCAAGAAGAGAAGAGUCUAGCUAUUGCUUGUGAAGAGGAUGAGGAUGAGGAUGAUGGUGUUCACCUAGCUCCAAAUAGUGCUGAUGAUGCACCUAGAACUGUUCCCCAGCAAGGUUCUACUGGAGAAGUAAAUACCGCACCAAGUCGCCCUUCUGGUCGUGUUGUUGGCAUUAUCAAGAGAAACUGGCAUUCGUAUUGUGGAUCUUUGGACCCAAUGCCUAUGCCUGCAGGAAGUGGUGGUGUUGCUCAUGCCUUAUUUGUCUCCAAAGAUCGCAGAAUUCCCAAGAUUCGAAUACAAACCCGCCAGCUUGAGAACCUUCUUGACAAGAGGAUUAUUGUGGCUGUUGAUUCUUGGGAUCGUCAAUCUCGAUAUCCAUCAGGCCAUUAUGUACGAACUAUAGGAGAGAUAGGUGAUAGAGAUACUGAAAGUGAGGUCGUUUUGAUAGAAAAUGACAUAAAUUCAAGGCCAUUCUCUUCACAAGUUCUAGCAUGUUUGCCACCAUUGCCAUGGUCAGUCUCUGCUGAAGAUCUGUCCAAUCCAAUCAGGCAGGAUUUGCGUGGACUGUGUGUCUUCAGUGUAGACCCUCCAGGUUGCAAGGAUAUUGAUGAUGCACUCCACUGUACAUCUCUUCCGAAUGGAAAUUUUGAAGUUGGAGUUCAUAUUGCCGAUGUGACAAAUUUUGUGCAUCCUGGUACUCCACUUGAUGAAGAGGCUUCACAAAGGGGAACAUCUGUCUACCUAGUUGAGAGACGGAUAGACAUGCUUCCAAAGCCUCUCACUGAAGAUAUAUGUUCUCUUCGAUCUGAUGUGGAAAGGCUUGCAUUCUCUGUGAUAUGGGAAAUGACACCUGAAGCAGACAUUGUUUCCACCAGAUUCACAAAAAGUGUCAUUAAAUCUUCUGCGGCGUUGUCUUAUGUCGAAGCUCAAGCAAGGAUGGAUGAUAGUCGUUUGAUGGAUCCAAUAACUACAAAUUUGAGGAAUAUGAAUAGUUUAGCUAAGAAAAUGAGAUUAAGGCGUAUUGAGAGAGGAGCUUUGACUCUUGCAUCUGCUGAAGUCAAAUUUCAAAUUGACACAGAAACUCAUGACCCCCUUGAUAUUGGUAUGUACCAGAUUCGGGAAGCCAACCAAAUGGUGGAGGAGUUUAUGCUUGCUGCUAAUGUUUCGGUUGCAGAACAAAUUCUUAAAAGUUUUCCUCUAUGCUCAUUAUUAAGGCGCCAUCCAACACCAACUAGAGAGAUGCUUGAACCUUUGCUACGUACUGCUGCUGCAGUUGGCCUGCACUUGGACGUCUCGUCCUCAAAAGCAUUGGCUGAUUCUCUUGACCAUGCUGUGGGUGAUGAUCCUUACUUCAACAAGUUAAUCCGCAUUCUAGCAACUAGAUGCAUGACUCAGGCUGUUUAUUUCAGUAGUGGGGAUCUUACCCCUCCAGAAUAUCAUCAUUAUGGGCUUGCAGCUCCUUUAUAUACUCAUUUCACAUCACCAAUAAGAAGAUAUGCUGAUGUCAUUGUGCACAGGUUACUUGCUGCAUCUUUAGGAAUAUCCAAGUUACCACCUGUAUUUCAAGACAGGCUUCAGCUCACUAGUAUUUCAGACAAUUUAAAUUAUCGGCAUAGGAAUGCACAGAUGGCUGGGCGAGCCUCUGUAGAGCUCCAUACCCUAAUUUACUUCCGGAAUAGACCGACUGAUACAGAAGCUAGGGUGGUGAAAAUGAGAUCAAAUGGAUUCUUUGUGUUUGUUCCCAAAUUUGGCAUAGAAGGGCCUAUAUAUUUGACGCAAAAGGGUGAGAAGGGAAGUGGAGAAUGGUAUGUCGACGAGCAACAACAGAAAAUAAAAAAGAUGGAUGGUAGCAUUUCAUACAGCAUUUUGCAGACCGUCCAAAUUCAUAUGGAGGUCGUGGAGCCGCAGCCUAAUCGACCAAAACUUCAGCUUACUCUUUUAUGAAAAUACAUUAUUUGAUGAACACGUCAACAGAGCAACAUAUUGGAAAUGAAUUUUUGUGCCAUGUUUGUGUGGGAUAGAAUUUUAGUGUUGUUACAAUCCGUAGGAAACAUGUAACUUAUCCAAUAUAUUCCAGAGGAGGUUAUAAAAUUAUACAAAAUGGUUGAACUCAGAAUGUUAUAUGCAUAUCUUUAGAAUUAUCUCUCA